AUGCCAGCUUUAAGCACUUCUUAUUGUUCAGGAAAUGUUGAACAGAAGGAACCUGCAGAGCCAUCUUCAGUUAAGAGCAAUGCUGUCAAAGAUGAUGACUCUGAGGAUGAUCAUGACAGUGACGAUGAAGAUGAAGAAACCCCUACCCCUAGCAAGACUGGAUCUAAGAAAAGAGCCCGGGCCUCUACAUCAGCUAAAAAUCCAGUUUCUGCUGGGAAGGCAAAGAUAGAUACUGAUGGUGACAAGGGUGCCUACAGGGAGACACCACACACUACAGAGAAGGGAAUGUCACCUGAGUUGGUUAAAUGGAUGGAAUCAUUCAAAAUUCUGUAUCGUACUCCUGGUGGGUUUACAGUCUCACAACGACAAGCAUGAUAGUGCUAAAAUGGAGAAUGGAGAUGUUGCCUGAAUCACGGGUUUGUUUUUGAUGUAUGGAGACUAUAUGGGAGCUUCAACUUUAGUGAUCGAUUUCUUUCUACCUUUUUGG